AUGCGUUUCUUCCCGGAGGGAUUUUGGCUACUGUGUGUCGCCGCGACCUGUUCGGCCAGGAGUGAAGGUGGCAACAAGGCGAGGAGCUGCUCUGAGCUCCGGCAACUCUAUGGAGCCAAAGGAUUCAGCCCGAACGUGGUUCCCCAGGCGGAGAUCUCCGGAGAACAUUUGAGAAUUUGCCCACAAGGUUAUACUUGCUGUACUAGUGAAAUGGAAGAGAACUUUGCCAACAAGAGCAGAAGUGAAUUUGAAGGCAUGUUGAAGGAGGCCACACGAUCAGUACAAAUAAUCUUCACAUCCCAGUACAAGAACUUUGAUGGUUACUUCCAGGAUUUGUUAAACAAGUCAGAAAAGGCACUUUAUGACACAUUUCCUGGUAUGUAUGGAGACCUUUAUCUCCAGAAUGUAAAGCUUUUCAAAGACUUGUAUAGUGAGCUGCGGCAUUAUUAUCGAGGUCCCAACAUCAAUUUAGAAGAAGCCCUCAAUGAAUUUUGGACUCACCUGCUAGAGCGGCUUUUCAAGUUGAUGAAUCCCCAGUACCAGCUUCCUGAUGAAUAUAUGGACUGCAUAGUGAAGCACUCAGAACAGCAUAAGCCAUUUGGAGAGAUUCCAAGGGAUCUGAAGCUCAAGGCAACAAGAGCCUUUAUUGCAGUUCGUUCCUUUGUGCAGGGACUUGGUGUGGGCAACGAUGUUGUCAGAAAGGUCUCUCAGGUCCCUUUGAGCCAGUAUUGCAGCCGUGCUAUUAUGAAGUUGAUGUAUUGCGCACACUGUCGGGGCAUGUCAAACAUUAAGCCCUGUAAUAGCUAUUGCCGUAAUGUCUUGAAGGGCUGCCUGGGCAAUCAUGCUGACCUGGACACUGAAUGGAAGAACAUGAUUGAUUCAUUACUGUUGGUGGCUGAUCGUUUUGAUGGACCAUCUAAUGUAGAUGUUGUAAUUGGUACAAUUCAUGCUAGGAUUGCUGAAGCCAUUUCAAACAUGCAAGAAAACAAAGAAUCUAUAACAGCCAAGAUUUUUCAAGGUUGUGGCAAUCCCAAACUCAGUUCAAAAGCUGCCAAUGUGGAAGAUAAGAAGAGGCGGGGGAAAUAUGUCACUGAAGAUAAACCUUCUGGGCUUAGUUCAGAGAAAUUUGUUUCAGAUGCCAAAGGGAAGCUGCGGGACGUAAGAGACUUCUGGGCUCUCCUCCCAUCAACACUUUGCAAUGAAAAAAUAUCAUCUGGUUCUGUAAAUGAGGAUAGGUGCUGGAACGGAAUGACCAAAGGCAGAUACCUUCCAGAUGUGAUGGGAGAUGGUCUAGCCAAUCAGAUCAAUAACCCAGAGGUUGAGGUCGACAUCACCAAACCGGACAUGACUAUUCGCCAGCAAAUCAUGCAGCUCAAGAUUAUGACAAAUCGAUUGCGCAAUGCAUACAAUGGAAAUGAUGUGGAUUUCCAGGAUACAAGUGAUGACAACAGUGGUUCUGGAAGCGGUGAUACCUGCCUGGAUGAAGUCUGUGGCAAAAGAGUGUCCAAGAAUUCUAGCACCCGGCCACCAGAAAUACAUCCUAUGCCUAAACAGUCAGGACAAGGCAUUGGUGGAAAUAACAGCAAUGUACUUUUGCCUUCAUACUUCCUUUUAUUACUUUCUUUGGCUGCUAUAGCAGCCCAGUACCUGCGGCGGUAACUUGUUUGAGCAACUGCAAAAGAAACUGUAGUGGCUAAGUCUUAACUUUGCCAAAAUGGUGGACAUAUUUAAUUCAACUUGAUUCAACUUGGCAAAAUGAGAGAGACAAAAGUUCUUGAUGGUUUGUGAUAAUCUGGCAGCGCUAGAGUUGGUUAUUUUUCCUUUUCUUCCUUCCUUCCUUUCUUUCUUUCAAAUAUUGGGCCUUUCCUUCUGUCCUCCAUUUAAAAAAGCCUUUAAUUUGCCAAAAAGAGAUACCUAGGGGCUGUGACAGAUCUGACAGGUAGGUUUAAUUACACCCCCCCCAGGCAACACCUUUUUCAUUGACUGGAAUAAAAGAUAUGCAAUAUCUCGUAUUUUUAUUUAACUCUGGCAUUAUA